CAUCACUCAUCCUCUCUCUGCCACCGCACCACACGUUAGAUACCCUCACAUCCCGCACGUCCUCCUUCUCAGUCCCUCCGCCGUGUGCCCUAAACCAUGGACGAGGACCAAGAGAUGGAGAUGUUCCAAACGGACAACGAUUUCGAAGAAGGCCAGUGGAUUGGCGGCGAAUUCUACUACAAAAAGCGCAAAGAGAAGCCUAUUCAGACUAGAGAUGAUGUCCUCUACGGUGUUUUUGCCGGCUCCGACGAUGAGGACGACGCCGAUUAUUCCAGCAAGAAACGCAGGAAGGACCUUUCCAAGAAACAGGACCUCACCAAGCGGGUGAAUUUUAUUUCUACUGGAACUUUUAUGCCGAAUCAAGAUGUUGUUGAUAACAAUAGAAAUUCUAAAGAACAUGGGGAAAAAGAUGGUUAUGUUAGUGAGAAUAGGCCAGGUUUAGGUCUUGGAAUGAGAUCUGCUCCCACUUCAGAUGCUGGUUUAGGAUUCACUAGUAGUAAUGGUGAUAGGAAUAAUGGUUCUGAUGAGAAUAUUGAUGAUGGUGAUGAUCAUAAUUUUUUGCCUACGGCUUUUGGGAAGAAGAUUAAGGAAGGGGCGAUGCGGAGGGAGAGGGAAAGGGAGAGGGAGAAAUUGGAGAAGAAGAGGGGUCAGCGUCAGAGUUCGGAUCAAGAUGGUUUUGGUAAUGCGGGGAAAUUCUAUAACAAUGAAAUAGGGAUGAAGCUGUUGGAAAAGAUGGGUUAUAGAGGGGGCGGUCUUGGAAAGAAUGAGCAAGGUAUUGUGGCUCCUAUCGAGGUGAAAAUGAGGGCUAAGAAUUCAGGUAUUGGUUUUAGUGAUGCAAGGGAGGCGCCGCCACCAUCGUUGCCUGUUUUGCAGCAACAGAACAAAAGCACGGUGGAAGCAGUGCAGCCUGCGGCUAGCAGAACAAAGGAGAGGCUGUGGUCAAAGCAGUCACGGUUGAAGAAGAAGAAAGAGGAGGAAGUGUAUGUUACUGCUGAGGAGUUGUUGGCAAGCAAGCAAGAACAGAAUUUGGAGGUUGUUCAGAAGGUUUAUGAUAUGAGGGGGCCACAAGUUCGGGUUUAUACAAAUUUAUCUGAUUUAAAUGCUGAGGAGAAAGCAAAGGAGGAGGAAGUCCCAAUGCCGGAACUUCAGCAUAACGUUGGGUUGAUUGUUCGGUUGGCUGAGGCUGACAUUCAAGAGAUUGAUAGAGAUUUGAGGAGAGAAAGGGAGACAGCUCUCAGCUUGAAAAAAGAAAAAGAGAAGUUAGAAUCUGAAGCAGCAUUCCAAAAGCGUCAACUGGAUAAUAUGGAGGAAAUAAUGAGUGUCUUGGACCAAGUAGCUGAAGAGAGCACUUCUGGAACACUAACAUUAGAUUUCCUUGCUAGAUGCUUCAGUGACUUGCAUAAGAGAUAUGCCGAUAGCUACAAGGUGUGUAAUUUGUCCUGCAUUGCUUGCUCAUAUGCUCUUCCUUUGUUUAUUAGAAUGGUCCAAGAUUGGGAUCCACGGUAUCCUGAGCCAAUGCUACGAUUUCUUGAUUUGUGGGAGAAGUUGCUUCCUCCUUCGGUCCUCACUGCCAUAUUGGAGAAUAUAGUCUUACCAAAAUUGUCAGCUGCUGUAGAUACUUGGGAACCACAUCUAGAGACCAUUCCUAUCCACACUUGGGUGCAUCCAUGGCUACCAAGGAUAGAGCACAAGUUGGAAGGUAUUUACCAGGUCAUUCGUUCUAAAUUGAGUUCUGUUCUUGGUGCCUGGCAUCCAAGUGACGCCUCUGCAUAUACCAUAUUGUCUCCGUGGAAGACUGUCUUUGAUGCUGUAAGUUGGGAACAACUUAUGCUUCGAUUUAUUGUGCCUAAGUUGCAACUUGUCUUGCAGGAGUUUGAAGUCAAUCCAGCAAGUCAGAAGCUCGAUCAAUUUUUUUGGGUAAUUAAAUGGGCUUCUGUGAUUCCAAUUCAUAUCAUGGUGGACAUGAUGGAGAAGUUCUUCUUCACAAAGUGGCUUCAGGUUUUGUAUCAGUGGUUGUGCUCAAAUCCUAACUUUGAAGAAGUUAUGAAGUGGUAUAAUGGAUGGAAGGAGCUUAUUCCAGAAGAACUAUUGGCAAAUGAAAGUAUCCGAUUCCAGAUUAACCGUGGUUUAGAUAUGAUGAGUCAGGCUGUUGACGGAAUGGAGGUUUUCCAACCUGGUUUGAAGGAGAAUAUCAGCUAUCUUCGGGUACGUGAGCAACGACAAUUUGAGGCUCAGCAGAAAGCAGUAGUAACCUAUGCUCAACAGCAAGCUGCUGCAGCAUUGGGUGGUGCCAACGCAGAUGGUGUGCAUGAUUUGAGCUUGAAAGAAGUCAUUGAGGCUCAUGCCCAGCAUCAUGGUUUGUUGUUCAAUAUUAAGCCUGGUAGAAUGCACAACGGUCACCAAAUAUAUGGAUUUGGUAAUGUCAGCAUAAUAAUAGACUCGCUACAUCAGAAGGUAUAUGCUCAACAUGAGGAAACAUGGUCCUUGGAAUCUCUUCAAGGAUUGCUAGAGUUGCAUAAUAAAUCCCUUGGUAAAAGACACUAAUUUCUGUAUUGUAGUGUAAUGUGAAUCAACAUCGGAGUUGGGAGGUACUCUUUCUCUCUAGGUUCCUAGUAAUUUUUAUUUUCGCUUGAUUUAUAGUUUAGACCUGGGAUAUUUGGUUUAUUUGAAUGUAAAUAGUUAUUUAGGAUGUUUUCACUUGA